AUGUUAUAUUUACCCAGGCUUACAUAUAUACACAUAUACACACUCAAAGCAAGCAUCGCCACCAAAUCCCAAGUUGACUCUUGGCACGGAGUAGCACCAGUGCCCAAGAAACGCAUCCUGGGGUGUCGAGUGGGGUGGGGUGGGGUAAGCUGGGCUCUGGAGGAGGUUGGAGGGGCAAGACUGUGGGAGAGAAGUCAAGUCACAUAUAGACCCAAUGCUGACUCCCCUUUUUCUCCCUGUCCCUUCCCAACCCCCUAUUCACAGGAGGAAUCCAAGGAGCCCAUUGCUUGUGAACCCACUGCCCUCCAGUUCCUGCAGAGAUCAGAGGAUGAGUGA